AUGGGCAAAGCACAGAAAAAGCGCGCUGUGAGGCGGCAUAACCCUGUACGCGUGCCCGACUCGCAUUUACCAAAAGGCCUGGAAGCAGCAGCGGCGACAUCAGCCCACAAGGACGCUGUAUUGCCUACAAUCCAAAAGCUGGAAAGCGUUGAUGCCCUAGAACGAACUUGGGCAUGCUCUGCAGUCUCCAAUCUCAUCCAAAAUGAUCCGUCAACGCGACGCCUGCUGCAAGGCAAGAACAUUGUUGGUGUGCUUAUAACACGCCUAUCAGACAGUGUGGAGGAAGUCGUAGUAGAAGCAUCUGGCGCCUUAAGGAAUCUUUGUAUAGAUGGUGGAUAUGAUAUCUGUGCAGAGAUGUAUAACAAAAAUAUUCUUGCUCCUCUGCAGACGUUUAUUCCGAAGAUUUCCACUGCUCUUCAUCAUAUUGUCACGUCCCCAAAAUCCGCACCAGAAAGCGCAUCCAGACUCGUCUACGAACUUGCUGAGAAUGUCAUAACAUUACUAUGGUGUCUAUCAGAGACGUCGAACAAAGCUCUAAAUGCUAUUAACGCGAUUCAUCUUAUCCCAUUCCUCAUGGCGUUCCUCGAGAAUCGCAACAAGCUACCUUCAAGAACAGUCGCUGCAGCAGCUCAGUGCCUGUACGUACUAACAGAUGAUAACCCACCCGCGAUCGACGAACUUCGUUCUAACUCCUCAUACACCUCUUGCAUCUUGUCCGUCUCGCAAGGCGAUUCUCUGCCUAAUUCAGCAUCCGCAGAAGUAAAAGAACUUGCCGAGGUUAGACUCGAUACCCUCAAGCUCCUCGCAGCAGGCAUCCUACGGAAUAUCCAACCCAUACCAGCACCUUCAGCUGCUUCUGUGGUUGACAUUGAUAGGACCGUCAUCCUUCCUCUCGUCUUACCGAUCUUGUCUUCAAUCUCAUUGAAAGAAGCAUCGGAACGUGUGACGGAACUUGUUCAAGGGAUAGAUGAAGAGCCAAAUGUCGACAGGAAUAAGACUUCAUUGAAGAAUGCGCCUAAAUCGGAUCACAAAAGUCCCUCAGAGAGGGAAUUGGAGGGGAUCGAGGCGAAGUUGAGGAAUGUCCAGUUGGGUUUGGAGAUAUUGACGGGUAUUUGUGCGACUUUGCCUGAUCCUGAACCUGCAUCGGAAGAAGGGGAUGACGAAGACGAAGAUGUGGAUAUUGACGAAGACGAAAACGGUGAUGAUAUUGACGGGGAUGAAGAAGCGAACGGCAAAGAUGUAGAGAUGGACAUUUCCGAUCCCGAAGGCGAAGUUGAACCAAAACCAAACGGCACCUCUAUCUCCGCAACCUCUUUUCUCCCGUCAAUCCUUCCAUCUCUCCUACCCCUCAUUCAUCCAACUCCACUGUCCUUCCCACCUCUCCCAUCGACCACAAGUUCCGCAUCCACGGCUGCUCAACAAAAGGUGCCUACGCACUUGCCAACAACGUCCGCCCUCAGCGCCAUCCACAUUAGCGCGCUCGAGUGCUUGAACAAUGCCUGUCUUGCGCUGUCCCUUGCACAAGAAGAGCAGCAAGGUGGCAGCGCAGGAACGAGAGAACUUAGGGCGGACGUCGAGGAUGGUCGGCAAUUAUGGGAUGCUCUGUGGUCUGCUUUGAGUAUCGUAGGACUAGAAGGCGGACGGGGGCAAGAACGUAGGCGCGAGAUUUGGGAAGUUGCUGUCGGCGUUAUGUGGGGCGUUGGUGGAAUAUGGAAAGGCUGCAUCGAACCAAAGGAAGAACAAAUCACACUCCUUAUCCAACUCUGCUCCGCAUCUCAAGAUGCACAGAUCAAAGUCAAAUGCAUCGGCGCACUUGAGUCUCUUGCAAUAUACCAAACGCUAAACUCAGCAAACGCGAAAUUUAUCGAAGCGAACCGAGUCAUCUCAAACUACCUCCUCUCACUUCUCUCUCCUCCCACCUCUACCUCUACACCUUCGCAAACUCAAAAUCAGGUUUCCCCUGAACCAAUCUUCCAAGCAGCGUCUUCAAUAAUCGAUAUCUACUCAGACGAAAUUUCACCCUACGACGUCAACUUCCGUCAGCACAACUGCCUCCAAUCUCUCGCUAACGCUAUCCCCAACGUACGCCGUGCCGUACGCAGUGUGGACAAGAAGAAAGAAGGAGGAAGAGAGUUGAGAGCGCGUGGAGAGGAAGUGCUUGAGAACUUAAGGGCAUUUGUUAAGUAUAGGAGGGAGCUUAAGCUAUAGGCUGGAAAACGAAGGAUGACGGGUACAUUGGACAUGUCAGCAUGUGUAUGUUAGGGAGACAGAAAUAUAAAUGAUUAAACAACC